AGCGCCCCUGCCCAAAGAAUAUUUCCCGAAAACUUAAACCAACGAAAGAAAUGGCGGUUCCUCUCUAACAUUUCUUCGUUGAAACCGCCAAACUUCUGACAUCCCCUCGCCGUCGAAUCCUCCAACCUUCGCGCUCCUCCUACUCCGUUCCCUUCCCCACCCCGAGCCCCAAAACCUAGCCCUCUCAAUUUCUGACAACGCCUCGGAAAAACCCUAGAUUCUCGUCCACUUCGAGGGCCAGAUGAGGCGCGUCUUCGAGGAGAUCUCCGACGACGAGUGGGAGAACCACUCCUUCAAGCCCUCGAGAAUCCUCAAGAAGAGCAGAGCCUCGCCUCCCCCGAUCGAGUCCUUCGCCUACCGCCCCGGCGUCGCGAGCCAGAACGGGGCCGGAGUGCGGGAGAGCCGGGUUGACUUGGAGGAGGAGGGCGACGAUGAGGGAGUGGUGACGGCGGGUCGGCCCCCGAAGGGUAGCCGGGGUCGGCGGUUCAUUGUGGACGAGGACAGCGAUGCCGACGAUGUGGCAGAGGUGUUCGAGAUUCGGUCCGCGGAAGAGGAUGAGGAGGAAUUUCGUAUUGAAGACGAGGAAGAGGAGGAGAAGGUAGUAGAAGAGGAAGUUGAUUUAGUCGGUAAGGCCCUGCAGAAGUGCGGAGAGAUAUCGGCAGCUCUGCGGCAAGAGCUCUAUGGCUCCUCAAUUCAUGCUUGCGAUCGAUAUGCUGAAGUGGAAGCUUCUUCCUGUAGGGUUGUUACUCAGGAAGAUAUUGAAGCAGCUUGUGCGAGUGAAGAAUUGGAUUUUGAGCCAACUUUGAAGCCUUAUCAGCUCGUCGGUGUUAAUUUUCUUCUACUGUUGUACAAAAAAAAUAUUGGUGGCGCAAUCUUGGCAGAUGAAAUGGGGCUCGGCAAGACUGUGCAGGCUGUCACAUAUCUUAGCCUCCUAAAGCACUUGGACAAUGAUCCAGGUCCCCACCUGAUUGUCUGCCCGGCAUCAGUCUUAGAAAACUGGGAAAGAGAACUGAGGAGAUGGUGUCCAUCAUUUUCUGUCAUCUUAUUUCAUGGAUCUGGAAGAACAACCUAUUCAAAGGAGUUAAGCUACCUAGGCAAAGCUGGUCUGCCUCCACCAUUCAAUGUGCUCCUUGUGUGUUAUUCACUUUUCGAAAGACGCAGUGCUCAACAGAAAGAUGAUCGUAAGGCAUUGAAGCGGUGGAAGUGGAGCUGUGUUCUCAUGGAUGAAGCUCAUGUUUUGAAGGAUAAGAAUAGCUUCCGCUGGAAAAACCUAAUGUCUGUAGCACAAAAUGCACGUCAGCGCUUGAUGUUGACGGGAACACCUCUUCAAAAUGAUUUACAUGAGCUGUGGUCAUUGUUGGAAUUCAUGAUGCCUGAUAUUUUUGCAACUGGGGAUGUUGACCUGAAGAAGCUAUUGAAUGCCGAAGAUAGUGAUCUGAUCUCCCGUAUAAAAACAAUUUUAGGGCCAUUCAUAUUGAGGCGCUUGAAGUCAGAUGUUAUGCAGCAACUCAUCCCAAAGAUACAACAUGUUCGGUAUGUUUUCAUGGGGGCAGAGCAGUCUGAGGCUUAUGAAGAUGCCAUAAAUAAGUAUCGUGCAGCUUCUCAAGCCCGUAUGAUGAAAUCUUCAAUGGGAAUGUCAAAUAAUGUUGUUGGUCUACUCCCCAAGCGUCAGAUUUCUAACUAUUUUGUGCAGUUUCGCAAGAUUGCAAAUCAUCCAUUAUUGGUGAGGCGUAUUUACCGUGAUGAGGAUGUUGUUCGUAUUGCUAGAAUGUUGUACCCAAAGGGUGUAUUUGGCUUUGAAUGUUCCUUGGAGAAAGUAAUUCAAGAGCUUAAGGGCUAUAAUGAUUUUGCAAUUCAUCAGCUUUUAAUUUCAUAUGGUGACGUGCGUGCAAAGGGUGCUCUUUCAGAUGAACAUGUAAUGGGCUCAGCAAAAUGCCAGGCUUUAGCUGAACUGUUACCUGUUUUAUGGAAGGAUGGGCACCGAGUUUUGAUUUUCAGCCAAUGGACCACAAUGCUUGAUAUUCUAGAGUGGACAUUGGAAGUCAUAGGAGUUACAUAUAGACGUCUGGAUGGCAGUACUCAAGUAACAGAAAGACAAACGAUAGUGGACACUUUCAACAAUGAUCAUUCUAUCUUUGCAUGCUUACUUUCAACGAGGGCUGGAGGACAGGGCUUGAACCUGAUUGGGGCUGAUACGGUCAUCAUACAUGAUAUGGACUUUAACCCCCAGAUGGAUCGGCAGGCUGAAGAUCGCUGUCAUCGUAUAGGCCAAGCAAAACCUGUUACUGUUUACAGGCUUGUUACCAAGGACACUGUUGAUGAGAACAUAUAUGAGAUUGCAAGGAGGAAACUGGUCUUGGAUGCUGCGGUGCUCGAGUCUGGUGCAGAGCUGAAUGAUGAAAACGAUGUGCCUGAGAGGACUAUGGGAGAUAUUUUAUCAUCUCUUCUUCUUGUGUGAACUGACUUGAUUAUCAAGGUUAAUUGAGGAAUUUGAUUUAUUCGGCAUAUGAUUUUUGAAGCACAAUCUAUUGGUUAAGAGAUUUUAUUUACAGCAUUCAUUGGCCAGCAGGUCUCAUUGCUUCAAUUCCCGGUGGUUGGCUCAUUUAAUCUCCACUAAAAUGGAAGUUUCGGUCUCUAUAUGUUGGUCUGACUCUUCAAUUGGGUACAGAGUAUGCCAGCAUUGUCUGGUCAAAUGUUUCUCCAUGUUAAGAUGAUAGACCUGUGACCUCAAAAAAAAAAAAAAAAAAAACAGAAGAAGAAAGAAGAAAGAUAUUAUACAUGUGUAACACAGAAAAUUGGUUCCAAGGGAAUCCACAAAUAUUUGCUGCCCCAUUGAAGUUUGAGUGUUUAAGAUUAUAUUAAAUGUUCUAUAUUUUUGAUGUGUGGAUAAAAGUCGACUAAAAACAAUGUCAAGUGGCAAUUGGCAGGUGACUGUUGGAUC